CACUGAGAGGAAGAUUCCAGAUGGUUCUGGUCGGGAUUUCUCCGCGAGUUGAAAAAGCCUCACAUCCUUUUCUGCCGCUCAUUCUGCACUGACCUGCUUUGUAUCCGUGACCAUCACAGUUCUUACUGGACUCCACGUACACCGCGGACCAACAAGAUGCCAGAGUCACACGAGCAACAAAUGGAGGAGGAAGCUGAGACCUUCGCAUUCCAAGCUGAGAUUGCUCAGUUGAUGUCCCUGAUCAUCAAUACAUUCUACUCCAACAAAGAGAUAUUCCUUAGGGAGAUAAUCUCCAACUCCUCAGAUGCUCUGGACAAAAUCCGAUAUGAAAGUCUUACAGAUCCUUCAAAGCUAGACACGGGCAAGGACCUUAAAAUUGAAAUCAUUCCCAACAAAGAUGAGCGCACACUGACAAUCAUCGACACUGGUAUUGGCAUGACCAAGGCUGAUCUGAUCAACAAUCUUGGAACCAUUGCCAAGUCUGGCACAAAGGCUUUCAUGGAAGCCCUGCAGGCGGGUGCUGAUAUCUCCAUGAUCGGACAGUUUGGUGUAGGAUUCUAUUCUGCCUACUUGGUAGCUGAGAAAGUGACUGUCGUCACAAAGCACAACGAUGAUGAGCAGUAUGCUUGGGAAUCUUCUGCUGGAGGCUCGUUUACAGUUAAAGUGGACAACUCUGAGCCUAUGGGGCGUGGUUCCAAAGUGAUCCUGCACUUGAAAGAGGACCAGACAGAGUAUCUUGAAGAACGUAGGAUUAAAGAGAUUGUGAAGAAACACUCUCAGUUCAUUGGCUACCCUAUCACCCUGUUUGUGGAAAAAGAACGUGACAAGGAGGUGAGUGAUGAUGAAGCAGAGGAGGAAGACAAGGAGAAGGAAAAGGAUGAAGAUGAGGAAAAGGAUGAGGACAAGCCUGAAAUUGAAGAUGUUGGCUCGGAUGAUGAGCACGACCAUGACAAGUCUUCAGACAAGAAGAAGAAAAAGAAGAUCAAGGAGAAGUACAUCGAUCAGGAGGAGCUCAACAAGACCAAACCUUUGUGGACCCGUAACCCAGAUGACAUCACCAAUGAAGAGUAUGGAGAGUUUUACAAGAGCCUGACCAAUGACUGGGAGGACCACCUGGCUGUCAAGCACUUCUCAGUGGAAGGACAGCUGGAAUUCCGCGCCUUGCUUUUUGUGCCUCGCCGUGCUCCUUUCGAUCUCUUUGAGAACAAGAAAAAGAAGAACAACAUUAAGUUAUACGUGCGCAGAGUCUUCAUCAUGGACAACUGUGACGAGCUCAUCCCAGAGUACCUCAACUUCAUCAAGGGUGUGGUGGACUCAGAAGAUCUGCCCCUGAACAUCUCCAGAGAGAUGCUGCAACAGAGCAAGAUCCUGAAGGUCAUUCGUAAGAACCUGGUCAAAAAAUGCCUGGAACUUUUUACCGAGCUGUCUGAGGAUAAGGACAACUAUAAGAAGUACUAUGAGCAGUUCUCAAAGAAUAUCAAGCUCGGCAUUCAUGAAGACUCUCAGAACAGGAAGAAGCUGUCUGAGCUCCUGCGUUAUUACACCUCUGCUUCUGGAGAUGAGAUGGUUUCCUUAAAAGACUAUGUCACACGUAUGAAAGACAACCAGAAACACAUCUACUACAUCACCGGUGAGACCAAAGACCAGGUGGCUAACUCUGCCUUUGUGGAGCGCCUCCGUAAGGCCGGCCUUGAGGUCAUAUACAUGAUCGAACCCAUUGACGAGUACUGUGUGCAGCAGCUGAAGGAGUUUGAGGGCAAGAACCUGGUUUCAGUGACCAAAGAAGGCUUGGAACUUCCUGAAGAUGAGGAUGAGAAGAAAAAGCAGGAGGAGAAAAAGGCUCAGUUUGAGAACCUUUGCAAAAUUAUGAAGGACAUCUUGGAGAAAAAGGUGGAGAAGGUCACGGUCUCCAACCGCCUGGUUUCUUCUCCUUGCUGCAUUGUCACAAGCACUUAUGGCUGGACGGCCAACAUGGAGAGGAUCAUGAAGGCUCAGGCCCUGAGAGAUAACUCCACUAUGGGCUAUAUGGCUGCCAAAAAGCACCUGGAGAUCAAUCCUGACCAUCCUGUUGUGGAGACCCUGAGGCAGAAGGCUGAAGCUGACAAGAACGACAAGUCUGUUAAGGACCUGGUCAUCCUCUUGUUUGAGACUGCUCUGCUGUCAUCAGGGUUUACCUUGGAUGACCCCCAGACCCAUUCCAAUCGCAUCUACAGAAUGAUCAAACUGGGUCUUGGCAUUGAUGACGAUGAUCUAGCGUCAGGUGAUGCCACCCCUGCUCCCGUUGAGGACAUGCCUCCUCUUGAAGGGGAUGAUGAUGACACAUCCAGGAUGGAGGAGGUGGAUUAAGUCUACACAGGUUCUGUUGCCUGCUCAUAUCUGGAAGUAGUGAUGUACAAAAA